AUAUAUAUGUUGAGGUAUAAUAUAUAUAUAUAUAGAUAAUUGAUAUUGUUUCACAAAGCACUAUGCCACUAAUCCACUAUCAUUCAUAUAUAAUUGUAUAUAUGUAAAGGCUGAAGCUUGCCAUGCUUUUUGCCAUUCCCAGAUGACCCCAUUUCCCACAUUUCUGAUUCUUUUUGUCAUUUCCAGACUACCCCAUUUCCCAUUUCUCCUUCUUUUUGCCAUUUCCAGACGACCCCAUUUCCCAUUUCAGCAUUUCUCAUUCUUUUUGUUCUAUCGAGAAUCCCCAAACAAGUGAAACAACCAAACUCAAUUCUUCCAGUCUUCGAUAGUCCGACUUCGACUCUCUGCCGUUCUGCAAUUCAAUCUUGGAUUGAUGAUCUUGAUUCUUGAAGGUCAGUUCUUCAUCUUCUAGUUUACAAUCCAUUUAUGCUACUGAUAUUCAUCAAAUUAGAACAAGUAAGGUCCAUUUAUAUGUAUUUUAUUGUUCAAUGACAAUAUGUUUUAUAACAGUAUGAACUAUGAAGAGAUAUUAUAAAAAAGUAUCGAGACCAGAGGAGACUUCAUCUUCUACAAAGAACAAUGUUGAUAGUGAAAGCUCAAAGAAAAAUGAACUUGAAGCAAUUUUGGAUGAUCUUCCUUCAGACCCUGCACGUCGAAAGCGUCUCUUGGAUUAUGAUCCAAAUAUUCGUGAUCAAGUUCGACGACGUUAUUUGCUUAAGGGUCCUUGUCAGCCUCGAAACCAUGAGUUUCCCCAAAAGGUCUUGCUUUUCGUGGUCAUUAUGAAUUUGAAUCCUCUAAUAAUAGAGGGAACUUUCUUUUGUGGCAAGCAUGGUAUCAAGAUUCCCAAUAUGGAUGAUGUCUUUGUUGCUCAAGGGAAAUCCCAACGGAGAGCUAAAAAAAUAACAAACCUUCAUCAUUAUCGAGUAGAGGUCUUUUAUACUGUGAUUGAUAGACAACUUUCAGACUUGAAUGAUCGUUUUAAUGAGGUAAACUCUGAGCUUCUUUUUUGUGUUGCAAGUUUAAGUCUAGAUAAUUUAUUCUCCGCUUUUGAUAAGCAAAAGUUACUCCGUCUUGCCAAAUUCUAUCCAAGAGAUUUUUCUGAAAGAGAUGUCUUAUCACUUGAAGACAAGCUUGAUAUUUAUGCUAAUGAAAUGCGAUUCAACAAUGAAUUUUCUCAAUUGAAAGGAAUUGGUAGUCUUGCUAAAAAAUUGGUGGAGACAGGAAAACACAAAACACAUGCAUCAGUCUACAAGCUUCUAACUUUGGCUUUAGUUCUACCGGUUGCAACAGCUUCAGUGGAAAGAGUAUUCUCAGCUAUGAACAUUGUGAAGAAUCCACUUCGUAAUAGAAUGGGAGAUCAAUGGAUGAAUGAUAGUUUGCUUGGUUACAUUGAGAAAGAUAUAUUCAAUAGCAUUGGUAAUGAUGCUAUAAUGCAGCGUUUUCAAAAUAUGAAAUCGUGCCGUGGACAAUUACCGUCUCGUACUAAAUUUGUAAUUUAAUAUUUUUUUUAAAUAUCGUACUAAUUUAGUUGAAUCUUGC